CAGAAGCAAAUCAGUCUCCGCAGCGCUUUACCUUACUCUGUAUGGUCUACAUCCCGCAGACAUGGACCUCGAAGUGCUGGUGUACACGGCGCUAUCGCUUUCCAUCCUCCACGCGUUCGCGCUCUAGCUGUGCGCUCCCGGCCCGAGCCACGUCCAGCUGCUGACGAGAAAGGGACUGUUAUUAUUUUGUCAUCCACUGAGACAUCACUGUGCAAGCGAGAGGGGGGUGGGACAGUAGAGACCGAGCAGCAGAGGAGACCACACAGUCGUGACAGCAAAGGCCGUUUCUGGAUAUCGGACAACAGAGAGUGGCUUUUUGUGUCCUCCAUCAUGGCGAGUGAGUCUCCAGCACGGAGUCUGGACGAGAUCGACCUGUCCUCUUUGAGGGAUCCUGCUGGCAUCUUUGAGCUAGUGGAGCUGGUGGGAAAUGGCACCUAUGGGCAGGUGUACAAGGGCUGCCAUGUUAAGACGGGGCAGUUGGCAGCAAUCAAGGUCAUGGAUGUCACAGGGGAUGAGGAAGAGGAGAUUAAAGCAGAAAUUAACAUGCUGAAAAAGUACAGCCACCAUCGGAACAUCGCUACCUACUACGGAGCUUUCAUCAAGAAAAACCCUCCUGGAGUAGAUGACCAGCUAUGGCUGGUCAUGGAGUUCUGUGGGGCUGGCUCGGUGACCGACUUGAUCAAGAACACCAAGGGCAACUCUCUGAAAGAGGAGUGGACCGCAUACAUCUGCAGAGAGAUUCUCAGGGGUCUGACUCAUCUCCAUCAGCACAAGGUCAUCCACAGAGAUAUCAAGGGACAGAACGUCCUGCUGACUGAGAAUGCAGAGGUCAAGCUAGUGGACUUUGGCGUUUCGGCCCAGUUGGACAGAACAGUAGGAAGGAGAAACACAUUUAUUGGGACACCGUAUUGGAUGGCGCCAGAGGUUAUUGCCUGUGACGAGAACCCCGAUGCCACAUAUGACUUCAAGAGUGAUUUAUGGUCACUGGGAAUCACAGCAAUAGAGAUGGCUGAAGGAGCACCACCACUCUGUGAUAUGCAUCCAAUGAGAGCCCUCUUCCUCAUUCCACGCAACCCAGCUCCCAGACUAAAGUCCAAGAAGUGGUCCAAGAAGUUCCAGUCAUUCAUAGAGAGCUGUCUGGUUAAGAGCCACAGCCAGAGACCCAGCACAGAGCAGCUCCUCAAGCACCCAUUCAUCAGGGACCUGCCCAAUGAGAGGCAAAUUCGCAUCCAGCUGAAGGACCACAUUGACCGCACCAAGAAGAAAAGAGGAGAGAGAGAUGAGACAGAAUAUGAGUACAGUGGGAGUGAGGAAGAGGAUGAAGAAAGAGACAGUUGUGAGCCAAGCUCCAUCAUCAACAUCCCUGGGGAGUCAACCCUGAGGCGAGACUUCCUGCGCCUACAGCUUGCCAAUAAGGAGCGUUCAGAGGCCCAACGGCGACAGCAGCUGGAGCAGCAACAGAAUGAGGAGCACAAGCGCUUACUGUUGGCUGAGAGGCAGAAACGCAUUGAAGAGCAAAAGGAGCAGAGGAGGCGGCUGGAAGAACAGCAGCAGCGUGAGCGUGAGCUGAGGAAACAGCAAGAGCGGGAACAGAGAAGACGCUAUGAGGAAAUGGAGCAGCUCCGUAGAGAAGAGGAGAGGAGGCAUGCAGAAAGAGAACAGGAGUAUAUCCGUAGACAGCUGGAAGAGGAACAGAGGCAGUUAGAGAUUCUCCAGCAGCAGCUACUGCAGGAACAGGCAUUACUGCUGGAGUACAAGCGUAAGCAGAUUGAGGAGCAGCGGCAGGCAGAGCGGCUACAGAGGCAGCUCCAGCAGGAGAGAGCGUACCUGGUGUCUCUACAGCAGCAGCAGCAGCAGCAGCAACAACAGCAGCAGGAGGGAAGGCAAGCAGAGAAGAAGCCGCUUUACCACUACAAGGAUGUCAUUAAUCCUAACGACAAGCCUGCUUGGGCUAAAGAGGUGGAGGAGCGAUCUAAGCUGAACAGACAGAGCUCCCCAGCGCUGCAGCACAAAGUGUCCAACCGCAUCUCCGACCCUUCCCUCCCACCCCGCUCCGAGUCCUUCAGCAGCGGGGGCAUGCAGCCUGCCCGCACCCCACCCAUCCACCGUUCCAUCGAACCACAGAUGGCUCACCUGGUUCCAGUGAAAACCCACACUAGCUCCAUGUCUGGCUCUCAAUCUCUGCAGGACCAGAAAGACUCAGCUGUCAGUGAGGGUGUCAGUGUGGGCUCCCCCAGGCCUGAAAUGCCUCGCCAGAACUCAGACCCUACUUCUGACACCCCGGGGCCCCCACUGCGCAAUGCCGGCAGGGAGGAACGGGAUCGUGACAGGGAUCGGGAUCGGGACAGAACUGCUUGGCUGAGAGAGGAGGACAUCCCACCCAAGGUCCCCCAAAGGACCACUUCCAUCUCCCCAGCCCUGGUCAGGAAAAACUCUCCUAAUGGAGGAGUGGGCCUGGGCCCUCGCACUGGUUCUCAGCUCAUACGGGCAAGUAACCCUGAUCUGCGGCGCUCUGAGCUCUCUUUGGAUGCCAUGCUGCAAAGAACCUCCUCCAACUCAUCAUCUUCCUCCUCCCCUUCAUCUCAGGGGGGUUCAGCUGAGAGGAGAGGUCAAACCAAGCAGGAAGGAUCCCCUCCAGGGGCCAAUCAAGAGGCAAAGCCCAAGCAGGAGGAGGGUCGUGAGUCAACAAGACCCAGCAGGCCUGCCAGCUAUAAGAAAGCCAUAGAUGAGGAGGAGCUGGACUUAAGUGCAUUAGCUAAAGAACUCAGAGAACUAAGGGUAGAGGAGGGAAGCAGACCUCCAGUGAAGGUGACAGACUACUCAUCUUCCAGCGAAGAAUCGGAGAGCAGCGAUGAAGAUGGGGAGACCGAUGGGACUGUUGCUGUUAGCGACAUUCCUCGCAUCAUGCCAGCAGUGCAAAGCAGCGGGGAGUCAUAUGGAGGCCUGACAGAGGACUCUCUGGGAGAUUCCUAUAACAGCUCCAAGGAUAGUACUCUAAUGAUGAGAGAGGCAGAGGAGAGGAGGAGAGGUGGUCACACUGAGAGUAAUGGGUUUGGGACUCAUGGUAACCAUGGUAACCUCCCUGACCUGGUGCAACAGAGCAACUCUCCUUCAGCAACACCCACUUCAGCCCUGCAGGAGCUGAGCGACAUGGCUGAGUUUGGUGGAGGCGGGUCCAAAGCGUCAUUUACCCCAUUUGUCGAUCCACGGGUCUAUCAGACCUCCCCGAGUGAUGACAAUGAGAACUCAGCAGCAGCCAUGUUUGCCAACGAGCUGCUGAGGCAGGAACAGGCGCGACUAAACGAAGCCAGGAAGAUCUCUGUGGUGAAUGUCAACCCCACCAACAUCAGACCCCAUAAUGACACGCCAGAGAUCCGCAAAUACAAGAAACGCUUCAACUCUGAGAUCCUGUGUGCUGCACUGUGGGGUGUAAACCUGCUAGUGGGGACAGAAAAUGGUCUGAUGCUGCUUGACCGAAGUGGUCAGGGAAAAGUUUAUAACCUGAUCACCAGAAGGCGCUUCCUACAGAUGGAUGUGCUGGAGGGCCUCAAUGUGUUGGUCACCAUAUCUGGGAAAAAGAAUAAGUUGCGUGUAUACUAUUUAUCCUGGCUGAGGAACAGAAUAUUACACAAUGAUCCAGAAGUAGAAAAGAAGCAGGGCUGGAUCACUGUAGGAGACCUGGAAGGCUGUGUGCAUUAUAAAGUUGUUAAAUAUGAGAGGAUUAAAUUCCUGGUGAUUGCUCUGAAGAAUUCUGUGGAAAUCUAUGCCUGGGCUCCCAAACCCUACCACAAGUUCAUGGCCUUUAAGUCAUUUACUGAGUUACAGCAUCGCCCCCAGCUGGUUGACCUGACGGUGGAAGAAGGUCAGAGGUUAAAGGUCAUCUAUGGCUCCAGUGUGGGCUUCCAUGUCAUUGAUGUGGACUCAGGCAACCCUUACGACAUCUACAUCCCCUCACAUUGUGCCAAACAGAUGAAGAUCCAGAGCCAGGUGACACCCCAUGCCAUCGUGGUGCUGCCAAAGACUGAUGGAAUGGAGAUGCUGCUGUGUUACGAGGAUGAGGGCGUCUACGUCAAUACCUAUGGUCGAAUCACCAAGGACGUGGUGCUACAGUGGGGAGAGAUGCCUACCUCUGUUGCCUAUAUUCACUCUAAUCAGAUUAUGGGCUGGGGUGAGAAAGCCAUAGAGAUCCGGUCUGUGGAAACAGGUCAUCUGGAUGGAGUUUUUAUGCACAAGAGAGCCCAGAGACUUAAAUUCCUGUGUGAGCGGAACGACAAGGUAUUCUUUGCAUCUGUGCGUUCAGGAGGUAGCAGCCAAGUUUUCUUCAUGACGCUCAACAGAAACUCUAUGAUGAACUGGUGAUGUCUCCUCUUGUCCGCUCUGCCUCACUCUCCCACUGGUGGCAACCCUCUUUGGCCCACCGCACAUCUCACAAGUGAACCCAACUCGCCGAGAGGCCGCAAAUGGACUGUUUCAACACUGGAGAGGCUAAUUCAGUGUAGAAAAAAAAAGUUAUUCUAGAGGAAAAAAAAGACUAGUUCUAAAUGAAGAGAAAAGUUGUUCUAGAUUAAACCGGGUCAUUCAGAAGCCAUCCAGCUGACUGGCAAACUGGUGCCACUGACUUUCCAGUCUUUUCUUCCCUCUUUCUCUGUAACUCUUCUUUUUCUGUAACUCCAUUUUUUAGCUCUUUUCCCUCCAAAUUGACCAGUACAUUAAAGUGUUUAACAAAUGUAGAAACACACAUUAGACCUUUCUUUAGACCCCUUCACCUUCUGUCCUUCUUGGUAGAUCAGAUCUCAUUUUUAGCCCUUUUGGCCCCAUUUCCUCUACUCUCCUUAUUUCCUACCUGCUGUGUGUGGACAUGCUACACCUCAGAUGUUAAAGGAGCAAUAUAUGAAUACAAUUUAAUCUAAAUUUAAAUAUACUUCUAAUAUGACAGUGCAGGGAGAGCAGCCGAGAGAUGACAAAUUCUCUCUGAAUGUCAGCAAUGAAAGCAGACAGCCUGAUUGAUUUUCUUUCUCCUCUGACAGUCCCUUCCUCCUCCACUUCCUCCCCUUACCGUCUUUUUGGGUUUUGAGUAAACCGAGUUGUGAUUUAGCAUUCGAUCGCGUUUCACUGACAGAGAUGUGGUGAGACAUUCUGCUGUCAGGUGGGUUUUAACAGUAUGCAAAGAUGAUAUCUCUGUCCCUUUAAAAUGAAAUCACUGAUCCAUCCUGUCUUCUUCCUGCGUUUGUUCCUCUUCCUGUCCUCCUCUCACCCCUUCCACCCAACAUCACGAUGAUAAUCUCUUCACUUUUAUGUCUUUAAACUCUGAAGGUGCUGCAUCAGAUAUACUGUAAUAUUAAAUGAGCAAUGGGGAGGGGGGGGGUGUUUUCCUGUUCAUUCUGUUUAUUUUUGUUCUUUUCUUUUUUCUGUGGAACAGUUUGGAGUCAGUCAGUCUUUGAAGUUUGAUGAAAUGUACAGCACAUCUGUGUCUCUGAAAUCAGGAGUGUAUUUUUGUGUGUGUAUGUGUGUGUGCGUGUGUGUGCAUAUGUGUGUCUCAAUCAAAGUAGGACAUUGAAAUCAAUGUCCGGCAAGAAUAAAGUAAUUCAAGUCUUUGUGUGUAAACUUACCUUAAUCUGAUCAAAGCAACACUGAGUGUGUUUACAUGCAGAUUUAUAAUUUUAUCUUCGUAGUAUGAAGUUUAUGAGUUGGUGUCUGAGCACCAUGCAUUUAAAAUGGGCAAUAUUAAUGGCUGAUUUUCGGGGGGGGUGUUUUGCGUGUUUCCGUGAACACAGUGGGUGUUUUGGCUGUUCACUCUUUACAGUCACUCGGCUGCAGAAAUAUGACGAUGCAUAUAAAGAGCUUAUAGCCUCAACAGGAUAUGAGCUAUUAUCCCAAAUACUGUGUGCAUGUGAAAGCACUCACUGUGGGGUCCUCUUGAAUCAUGCUCCUUCCUGGUUGGUUCUUCUGAUUUUGGCUCCUAACUGUUUGUACAGUGCCUAGCAUGAUGUAAGCAAAACUUAAUCAGAGGCCAAAAGAUUAUUGCUCACACUGUAACUUUUUUUUUUUUUUUUUUACUUAUAUGGUUACAUUACAAGUUUAUUUUUGGGUGGGGGGUUUUUGAUCUCUGUGAGCGUUAUUAUCUAACUUAACUCACUGGUGAUGUUAUUUCUCUCCUCUUAUGGAGAUGUAUAUUAACAAAUUUAAGAGUUGAAUUGUUCUUUGAAAGGAGCAACUAAUUCUGACAAAACCUUUCCAUAUCUGUUCAAAUACUUUGUAAAACUCAGUCAUCAAAAUUAUGAAAUUGAUUUUGAAGGUGGACUAUGUUAGGCUUACUUGUCAAAAUGGAAUAGCAAUGUUAUUAUUAUUUUUUUUAAGAUUUUGGUUAUACAUUGAAACCAUCGUCACCCACCACCUGGAGACAAGCUUGAGGCAGCUCAUGUAGAACUUAGUUACUGUACCUAUGAAAUAUAUAAAAGACAAUGGAAACUUUCCAUGAGCAGCAAAUUAAACACCUUUAAAGAAGUUUUGUCACACCUUUAAUCUAAUUAUUACAACCAGCUGGCACACCUGCCAACUCUAAUGGCACUGAUGAUGGUUUUAAUGUAAAGUCAAAGCUUGAAAAGCCUGUUUUGUCAAUAUGUUGGCCUAUGGUUAAUAAAAAAUGUUAAAAUGUUUCUCAACAAUGUAACAAUCCUUUGAAUUAAGUUAAUUUUUUUCUGUUAAGUUGUUGAAUGUUUCUGUUUCAUUUUCAAAGACUUUUAACACAUCCAUAUAGUAGCUGUUACUGUGCAGCUGUAACUUAGGGUUACCAAUCUCUGUUAGGGGGAGCAGGCUCUAACAUUUUAGCAAUAAAGAGCUUAGCUGCAGAAACCACUGUCUUCCAUGUGUGUGUGUAUGUGUGCACACAUGCAUUUGUACGUCUGACCACGUGUGAAUGGGGCAUUAUCGCUGUGUUUGUUAGUCAUUGGUUUCACUCGCAUCAUUGGAAAAUGCUGUCAUUACACUGAGGUUUCUCCUUUCAAAGAUGAAACCACUUUACUCUUUAUUCUGUUUAAUUCUUGUUUUCUUUAUUUUAAAAGAGCAUUACUAAUGUCCUGUUUCGGGAUUUAUUUGUUUUGUAAAAGAGACGCUGUAAGAGAGAAAUAAAUGAAACUAGCAUUA